UAUUUAGUCAAAUACAAGUUAUUUGUUUUCUGCAAAUAUUCUUCUUUUUGAGUAUAGAUCGAGGACUCAGAUUUAUUUACGCUCACAAUGUCCUCGAAUCCUGUGAUAGUCAGUGAGCCAUUGUCUCCGGUCACGGGGUCAUCCCCUCUUGCCUUACUUCUCCCUCUAGGCGUCGCGUCAAUCUGCGGCACCGCCUUUUUGUCAAGUAUCAGUAUGCAGGCGAUGAAUGCUGAAAAAUUGCAAGAAAUUCAACACAAUUUUUCGGAGCUUGAAAGAGAGAGAAGAAACUGUAAGAAGGAUUUGGAAGACUGCGAAAAAGAGAGAGAUAUUUUGAAAACGGAAGAAAAUGAAAAUCUAAAAAAGUGUCUUGCGGAUCUUGAAACGGCAAGGGUGCCUGAACAAAGGACUGUAAUAAUGUGCGGGGCCGAUGAUGGAGAAAUCCGAUGUGAAAACUCCAAAACUCUAACUAUUGUGUCUGCCAACUAUGGACGCACCGAGCCUACAGCCCAAGUCUGCCCAUCUACUUCUGCUUCGAUGGACGAUACAAACUGUAGAUUAGAUGUUCUCAACAAGGUGUCUGAAGUAUGCAACGGUAAAACACGAUGUGCUGUUCCAACUAGAUUGAAUGACUUCGGAGGGUCCAGUGUCAACCCCUGUCCUAACACCUAUAAAUAUACAGAAGUUCAAUACAUUUGCUCGUAAUAGUUUCAUUGGCUUUUAAUUUCUAUAUGGUUGAAAAUGUAAAUAUAAUGAACUAACUUUUUGAAGCAAAAAGAAAUCACUGAUAGUACCAACAAGAUUAAUUGACUUUGAUGAGUCUUGGAAAUUCAAGGAAUUUGCUUCUAAUCGAAACGAGAACAGCGAAUACAUAUAUGUAAUCAGGUACUUUAAC